AUGCAGUGGAUGAAACGAGGUGACCAAUGCUCCCGGGUACUCUUCCGUAAGAUUGCUCAAAGGAGAUCGGGGAGGAGGAUCUUACAGAUCAAUGAUGAUCAUGGAGUCACCCAUUCUGAACCAGAAGAAGUAAUCAAUGAGUUUGUCACAUAUUAUCAAAACCUCCUAGGUGGGGAAAGACGACAAACUGUGAUAGAUCCUCAAUUCCUCCAACCUUGGGCUCGACAUGUAUUGACUGUGGAAGAAGCUAGCUCUUUACUAUUACCAGUUACACCAGCGGAUGUCAAACAGGCGGUUUUUGACAUUGCAGAGGAUAAGGCACCAGGUCUGGAUGGGGAUUCAUCGGGCUUUUUCAAGGCUGCAUGGCCUAUAGUAGGGCAGGAGGUGACUACGGUAGUGAUGGAUUUCUUUAAUACAGGCCGACCUCCUAAAGCGAUCAAUACCACCCUUUUGGCGCUUAUACCAAAGUCCGGGACAAGCGGCGUUUGUACCUGGAGAAGCAUUGGCGAUAAUAUUAUGCUGGCACAGGAGCUCUUUACUGGAUACAACCAGUCCCGUCUACCACCCAAGUGUGCCUUAAAAGUGGACAUUCGGAAAGCUUAUGACACGGUGGAAUGGGACUUCAUGAUUGCUGUGAUGGAGUUAUUUGGGUUCCCUUCUACUUUCGUGAAGUGGAUUGAGGUAUGUGUUACUACGACAUUUUCUAUUGCGCUGAAUGGGAAACCUCAUGGCUUCUUUCCGGGGGCGAGGGGACUUCGACAGGGUGACCCUGUAUCGCCCUACCUAUUUGUGCUUGUAAUGGAGGUUCUACAACUGGGAUUAUUGCAACUGAUUGACCAGGAUGAGUUAUUCUCCUUCCAUUGGAAAUGUGACACAGCCAGAGUUUUUCAAUUGGGGUUUGCAGAUGAUGUAUUGUUAUUCUGCCAUGCUGAUAUGGACUCAAUUAGAGUCUUUAAGACAGGGGGGUUUGCAGAUGAUGUAUUGUUAUUCUGCCAUGCUGAUAUGGACUCAAUUAGAGUCUUUAAGACAGGACAGGAUCGGUUUGCUGAAUGGUCGGGGCUCAGGCUGAAUGAACAUAAAAGCCACCUUAUUAUCUCACGAUCGGCACAAGGAUUGCGUGAGGAGAUGAUGACAGUACUUGGUUUUCAAGAAGGGGUGUUACCGAUGAAGUAUUUGGGACUACCGGUUAUAUCUUCUCGAUUAACUAUUUCGGAUUGUCGCCCAUUAUUAUUAAAAAUAGAUAAACGUAUUGCUGGUUGGGAGGGUAUUUCUCUGUCUUAUGCAGGUAGGGUACAAAUUAUAAAAUCUGUACUCAUGGCGCUGAGUUUAUACUGGGCAUUGGCAUUCAUUCUACCGAAGAAAGUUAUUAAUGAAAUUGAGAAACGACUGCGAACAUUCCUGUGGAAGGGGACGACAACCAGUGGCUACUUUGCAGGACAUGCAAUUCACCUAUCAUUUGAAGUGUGA